AUGGCGGCUGACCAUCACCGCGCCAACUACUCCACGUCUUCAGGCGACAACACGAGGCCUCCUAAGCGCAAGAGCCGUUUCGACAGCCCGUCGCCGUUCAGCAGCGCCGCACCGGUGCCGCCAGCACCCAAAGCCUCGAACUUCUCCACGCAGCCCCCGCACGCCGGGAGGUACCACGAGGCUCCUCCAGUCGCCAAUUCGUCGUUCCCAUCGAGACCCGGAUUCCCCGCGCACGGCGCGUAUCCCGAGUACCGGAGGUCUGAUGACCGCGUGCCCCCGCCCCCUCCCUGGCCUUAUCCCGACAACGUAGUCGCAGCUUCCCAGGCACGGCAACGGGCUGCUCCAACCUCCGCAGAGCCUGCUCCGGCGACGCCGCCCAGCGCCUUGGAGACGUGUAACGUAGGUGUGCUCGCGUCGUUGUUGAGGAUGCAACGGGAUAGCGGCGCGGCCGGGUUCGGGCCGUACUCGGCGUUGCCUGCGGACACGGUCGUCCCCCAGUACACCCCUCCCGACGCCAUAUACGACAGCGCAAGCACGCGCGUGUCGGACUUCUACGAUGAGCUGGAGGAGCUCUUCGAGUGCUUCGGCGCCCGCGUCUCCCCGGACGACCCCAGCUAUGACUACUCCCGCCGGAAGCAGCUGAGCGCCAGCAGGUACCGCUCCAUACCGAUGACGCUCGUUGCGGACCAGGAAGCACUGCGGCAAUGGGCAGGCGUUCCCUACGAGAGUGCCGUUGCGUAUGCUGGCAGAAGUGGCGGCUUCUCGAACUGCGCGCCCGCUCCGUCUCGUACGUUUCACCCUCCCACCGACUCCAGCGUGGCGACAGGUCCCGUGGGCGCAGUGCCCUCCGGGUUGCUGAGCGCCGAGAUGCCGCCCGACCCCAACGCGUUGGAGUCGUUCCGCAGGAAAAGGGCCAACGAGUACCACGAGCAGAUGUCGAUCAAAUACGCACGCGUGAAGGUGGACCACGGCCGCAUAUAG